AUGCACGCGAGCCUUCAGUUCUUUCAGCUCCUGCCUCGAUCUCAGCGCACACCGAUGAUGCGGUUUCACGCGCGUGCGCGUGGGAACGCGGCACCUAUGAGAUCGCGCGUCUCUACCGCCAUCACCGCUGCUCUUCUCUCGCUGCUCGUCGUCGCUGCCUGUUUGGUGACCACUACAGUUUCAGCCACUCCUCCGGCGGAUGCUGAGGACAGGCAAGGAGCCACGCUGACGCUGCUGGCGAGUGCUACCGCAGCGAAGACGGCGCGACGUCAGACGUCCGUGCUGGAUCGAUUCUGGCGGCACAGCCGUGAAGAACAGAACACCCUCAUCGAGACCUUCUUUGGGGUGCCGCUCACCAAGGUCAACAUCGACACGAUUUCUUACACUGCACGCGAGAUAACUCCAGUGGCGGAUCUUAAGCUAGACGCGCAUCCGCCCGGACAACUCAGCCGGAGUCCCAUGCUGACUGCGACUGGUAGCGGGGUGCAACUUGCUGCUAGCCUGUCUCUUCAGGAGCAUUUAACACUGACCACUCAAGCGGACGCCUCCAAUGGGCGGCUUGUCUCCAAGCUGAGCGUGGUGCACGCGACGUCGGUCGCAACGAUGAAUGAGCCACCGAGCGCGGCCGUCGCGCAGGCCCAAGACCCAGCAGCGCAGAUGUCUGUGCUCCAGCAAAACCACAGAGUCGCAUCUCCCGCCAUUACACAGCCGCGCAGGCAUCUGAAGUCAUCUGCUCAGGCGUCUGCCAUCGAGUCUCUUCGCUCUGGCGCUAUCGGGGUGAACAAGAGCCAUCUGAGGGUGUCCGGCAUCGCGUCACGGAGGUGUACAGAUUUGAAACGAGAGGCGGAAAAGGUCGUGCGUGCGGUUGCCGACGCCAAAGGUGGCUACAGCGCCAUCAAGGAUUACAGCAGUGCCAAGAUGCUCGCCGCCAAGAAAGCCGCCGGCUCCUUGAUGCGCACAAUGGGAAACCACGUAAAGGAUACGCUAAUUAAUGUGAACAGCACCAGGGCUCUGCUCCCAAUCACCAUCGUCGGCAGCGGCAACACGGUGGUGAAGUUCAACGGAGAGGCUGGCAACAUGAUCGAGGCUGUUGUGCAGCUGAAGGACCACCGCUACGACAAGCUCGUGAGGAGAGACAACUGUUACGGCAUGUAUUUGCAAGUGGAGCUGCGCAAUCAUUACAAGCUCGACGACGGUGCCUACAACUCGAAGGACACAGCAACUGUGGUGGCCAUGACGCAGACGCGCGAUUACGUUGGCCGAAACACGUGGAUAAAAAUGGAGAGCUCGGCCAAAAACAGCGACAUCGACGACAACACCCGCCCAGACGUCCCGAUACAGGAGGAGGGAAGCAGCCGCUGGGCCGACUUCUGGGACACCUUUGCCCCGAUGCUCGACAACAGCGCGAUGUGCAAGGUGCUGCAGAGCGUGUCCAUGCGUGUUGAAAAGGUCCCGGUAACAGAGCCGUACUACAUCAUUCUUCACUCCACCACGAUUCCGUCCCUUGAAAACCCGCAGAACGACACGAGCGCGUCUAGGACGCAGGUCAGCAGAUUCGACGACUCACACUAUACGUGCGAGCUAAAUCUUUUUUUCAACGAGGAGCCGGCGGCAAGGCUGGGGCGGCUGCAGCUCAUCUUCGCCUUUGUUCUGCCGCUGAUCGUGCUCUUUCUGCCGCUGCCCUUCACGAUGCGGCGGGCCGACCUGGUGCAGCAGUACAUGGUGGAAUCCGAUUUUGCGGAGUGGAUAUGGCUGCUGCCGCUGCUGCUGCGCAGGAAAAUGGUUGAAGCACUGAAAGCGGCAAUCGAGUGGAUUUUGAGUCUCCGCUCCGCCUAUCAGCAGCGCGUGCUGCGGAAUCAGCUGCUGCGGCAAGAGCAGGCACACCAAGGCACAGUAGCGGCGCAAUCAGCCACCGAGCAGGAGCAGCCGUCACAGCAGCCAGGAGUGCAGCACUUUGGAUGGGGCGCGGCCGCGACCGGGGCACCGUCGCUCGAGACACCAGAUCUCACUGGCUUCCACGCAUCCGCGGCCGCAGAUGCACAGACGGAGCCGUCGCCGCCGCGGCAGCAGUACGAGUCUUGUACUCAAUGCCAGUUCCACGAGGAGGACGCCAGCUUUAGCACGCGCAGCAGUAGGAGCACCUGCUCCACGCCCACCCGAGCGUCCGCGGGGUCAUAUUCCGAUGAGUCACACGACAACGCUUACUUUCACGACCGCGGCCACCACACUCAUGGCGGAAGAAACGUCGGCGCCUCGAUGGCGUCUCACUCGCCGUGCUCCAGCGACGCGCUCAUGGGGGACGUAAGGUGCCGCUCGUCCAUGACGGGCCGCACCCACGGCACCCGCCGUCAUCGCCAUCAUGCGGGGGAAAGCCAUGCUGUGUGCGAAGCUGCCACGGCAGUGUCGGUGCAUGUUCCGCCUGAGCCGGAUGUUACUGGGCAUUGGUGGGAGGGCAAUCAGAGCGGACCGCGCGCGCGAAGCAACGGACAUGACCUGCUCUUCACCACUGAGGAGCUAGUCGAUGCUGGGUGCAGCCUUCCAACACGUAAGCAGCACCAGCACGCGGCGGGUGCGCAGCGGCCGACCGCAACUGAUGCUAUCCAAACUGUGUCGAUGCGACCUCGUGAAGAGAUGGAAGCUGUGAAGUCAUGUGGGGGCGCAGUCGAUGGCGUGCCUGCCGCAGGAGCUUCUGCCCCCAUGUGCACCGGCAUCACUGCACCGUCGGCCGCAGCAGCAGCGGCGCGUGAGCGCGCGCCGGUAUCGAGCGCCGCAAACGCCGUGCCACACGAGGUGGAAGAGGAAGAGGAGUCAUUCUGCCGCAUAUGUCGCGAAGGGAGCGACAUCGCGCCGCUCAUCGUACCCUGUGCCUGCACUGGCUCUGUCCGCUUCGUGCAUGCCAUGUGUCUUGACCGCUGGCGGAUCGAGAGCGCGAAGCGCAACUUGGCGAAUGUCAAUCACUGCGAAAUCUGCAAGGAGCCCUUCCGCGUCAACAUCCAGCGGUCGACGUUGCUAUGGGAGAGCUCGCAGCAGAUUCUGAACGGUGUCUGCUUGUUCCUGGCCUGUCUUAUCAUGAUUGUUACGACGACGACGCUAAUGCAUAUCGUUCUUGGUGAGAUGUCGUGCUCGGCGAGCUACCACCAAGUCGCCUAUAGCGCCAUGUUCCGCUUCGAGGGGAUUUCACUGACGUUCUUUGUGUACUGCCUUGCAGUGCUGCUAGUGCUUUUCGCCAACUUCAUCGUCUACAGCUGGUUCCGCAGUCAGCCAGAUGUGGAGGAGUACGUGGAGGAGAUGCACAUCGUUCCUCCCUUCUACACGCGGCGCAACGUACUCCUCAUUGUGCUCGUGUGCUUCGUUCUUCUAGCGCAGGCGCAUGCGAUGGGAUACCUGCUCAAGUACUUUCUGUACAGAACAAGCAAUAUUGCUUGGAAUUGGGAGACAUCUCCGCUGAUGGGUGGCGUCCUCUUCUCUGUCUUUACUAUCUUCACCACCAUCUUCUGCGGCUGGGUGCGGGACAUGUACACGGUGCACGUUGUCCACCGCGACCGUGGUGAUGCGCCGGCGACUGAUGUCGUGGUAGUGCCCAUUGGCGAUGCUGAUCGUGCAGAACCAGCGGCAGAUAACAGCAACGAUGGUGCUGCCCCUGCACCGCUGUCUCAGUCCAUCAUUGUGGCAGGCACGGCCGCACCUCCUGCGUCUCUAACAGGAACGUCCGUCACAGCAGCAUCUCCCCCUCCGCCUCCGUUUCCCUCCCCUGCCACCCCUGGUGUGUCCCCGUCGUCGCCGGCGUUACCCACGAUGCCGGACAGCGCAGCGCAGCAGCGUCCAGCAGAUGAGGAUCCGGACUACACUCGGCACUUCGGGAUACCGCCAGACCAGCGCGUCAUUCAUGCCUUUGAGUACUGCCCGCCGCGGCGGAAGAUGCCGCAGAGGUGA